AUGGCUGCCGACUCGAUACCCAGCAAGCAAACUGUGGCGUGGAUUGAGAAUCCAAGCCCCAGCUGUGUUCUUCAGAUCCGGGAUGAUGUGGAAGUAAAGCAGCCCGCCGAGAGCGAGGUCCUCAUUAAGCUCGAAUGCUCCGGAAUCUGUCAUUCAGACUGCCACAAUCUUGAACAAGCUGGCAUGUACACCGAGGUUCCCGGACACGAAGGAGUUGGGAAGGUUGUCAAGCUGGGUUCGGGGGCGUCCAAGGAUCUCCUAGGAAAGAGGGUGGGCAUCAAGUGGCUCUGGAGUGCGUGCAAUGAAUGCACAAGCUGCAAGAAAGGAAAGAUAAACCAUUGCGCAAAGCAGAAGAAUACUGGAAGAAGCGUAUGGGGUACUCUACAGCAAUAUGUUGUGGCGCAUGCCGACUUUGUUACAAUGAUCCCAGAAGGCGUCAAGAGCGAAGUUGCGGCCCCAUUGCUCUGCGCGGGAUUGAGUCUUGCUGGUGCUGUGUCAAAAUUGGAGCCGGAAGUGCAACCAGGAGAUUACGUUGCGAUCAUUGGCGCUGGAGGUGGUCUCGGCCAUGUUGGCGUUCAGAUUGCUACCAUCAAGGGAUAUAAGGUUAUUGCGAUCGAUAGUGGCGCGGAGAAGGAGAAGCUGAGUAAAGAGAUGGGUGCUGUUGCGUUCGUCGACUACAUGAAGCAGGAUGCUGUGCAAGCCGUCCGCGAUCUCACAGAUGGCGAAGGCGCGCACGGUGUGAUCUGCGUUGCAGGAAGCGAGAGAGCUUAUCAGCAAGCUCCAGACCUUGCAAGGAACAGUGGCGUCUUUGUGUUAGGACUCACCAUCCGGGGCUCAUCGACUGGUACGAAAGCGCAAAUGGACGAACUGCUCCAGCUCGCUCUUGAGGGCAAAAUUACACCGCGGAUCGAAGUCUACGACUUCAAGGAUGCGCCCAAGAUUAUACAGGAGCUGCAGAGAUAUGAGGUGACAGGUCGAAAAGUAGUCAGAGCACCAUAG